AUGACAACAGUUGAUAUAUCUAUGAUCGGAGACAAUGCUUGCCUUCCUAAUGAAAGGAAUUUUUGUGUUCCUCAACAAUUAUUGGAAGUAAAAGAAUUAUUAAAAUCAAUCGACAGAAGACUGGAAGAUUGUGCAUUAGAAUGGCAAGCAGAGAUUUCUCGCAAACAAUGGAAAAUAUUUAGAUCUAAUGUUAAUGGAAUUACUUUACCUGAACGAUCUUUGUUAGCAAGAACAUAUUUUACAGAGAAAAAUCUUGAUGAAGCAUUUCAACAUUUACUUUCUUGUAAUAAAAUUUUUGCAGAAUAUUUAAAAAAUUUCAUUGGCAACUAUUAUAUUAAUUUAUUAUUGUUAUUAUUAGAUCUUUUACAAGACAAAUCAUCCGUUUCAAAUAUUAAAAAAACAUGUGAUGUGCAAAAUCAAUCUUGUAAUACAAAAAAAGAUUGUAAAAUACUAGAUAUUAUUAAUACAGAACCAACACAUCUUUCUUCACAAAACAAUCAAUAUUUAAAUGGGGAAGGAAAAAUUCAAGAUUAUAUUGAUAAUAUAUUAACAGUUAAAAAUUCAUUUACUGAUGUAAUAAAAGCUAAAAUUAACUUUGACACAAAAUUUUUAGGAUUUGAAGCUAUAUUACAUAAAGCUAUAUCUACAUCAAGUGAUACAAUUUGCCUUUGUCAAUAUUGUUCUAAUACUAUGGUAAUAUAUUUUACCUAUAUUAUAUCUUACUACUAUUAUAGUAAUAUACCAAAAAAAAUUCAAUUACAUAUUUUAGCAAACUACACAUGAUAUACACAGAAAAUUAAGAAGUGUAACUCUCAAUCAAAGAAAUCGAGCAGUUACAAAGCCUAAACGCUUAACUAGAUCUAAAAAAAACAUUAUUUAAAAAGAAAAAGAAAAAUUAUCCAUAGUACUUGAUAAAAUCAAUGACCAACUACGUAACACCAAAUUUUAUUAAUUCAAUUUUGUUAUAUUGUACUUAUUUCCAAUUAAUUGUUAAAUUCUUGUUAAUUUUCGCGAGUAUUAAGAAUUUAAACUAAAUAGUAACAUGUAUAUACAAAGAAAUAAUUUAUAUAAUUUAAUAGAGGAAUUUCUUUAUUGUAUUUUACAUUAUUAAAACAUUUGAUUCUAAUGUUAAAAUUUUCCAAAAUAAUAAUAAGUAAUCAUUCGAAAAAUCUACUUACUUUGGAAAGUCUCGUUUAAUUUUUAAUUAAACUAUUGGAAAAUUUAAACAUUGAACUGAUUCGUAUCAGUUCUAUACACUCGUUUAAUUUAUUUAUAAUUUUAUUCCUAUUAAAAAUAUUAUAUAAUAGUUUUAAUAGAAUAUUUUAUAUUGUAUUUAAUAAGCAAUUUACAAUACAACAAGAGUCUAUACAGUUUUUAUGCUUAAUUUUAUAAUGAUGAAUUAAUGUUUUAUUAUUUGUUUUAAUAUUAAAGUAAUUACAACAUACACAAAUUCAAAAGCAUUCAAUUAUACUUUUUGCAACAAAUGCAAUUAAUAUUAUGUAAAUAUUAUUUUGUUAAACAUAUACACGAGCAUUUAAAAUUCUACUUUUUAAAUAUUCAUCAUAAUAUAUCAUUAAUUAUUAAUAUUGUUUUUUUUAUUUGCUAAGAUACUAACUUGGAAGAAAAUAUAUUUUACAAAAAAAUCAAUCGUUCGUUUUUAAAUGUAUAUUACAUAAAAACAUUACAUAAUUUGUCAAGACUAUAUAUUACAUUUUUCAAAUUUUGUAAAUUUAUACUUGAAGAAACUUUUUUUUUAAAUUAAUAAUAUACAAAUGAACAUCGAUAAAAGACAUUUAUAGAAAUAACAAUUAUUUGCUGUUAAAAAUUCAGAUAGAAUGAAUUACUACUUUUUAACUAUAUUUAGUUAUAGCGAAAUAAACAAUAGCAAAAAUGUAUUAAUUAAUACAAUAAAGAUAUUUUAAUACAAGUUACACAUAAUGUUUAGAUAUUUUAUCUUGGAGUAAAUAUUUCUCUGUUCUACAUUCUAAAUAACGAAUAAAUCUAGAUUUUAAAUAGUAGAUAAGUUUUACUAGCUUGGUAACAUUAAAAUUUUUUAAUAAUUAUUAGAAUAAAUUUUACACUUAUAAAAAGAGAUUCAAAAUUAAAAAUGUUUUGUUUUCAGUAACACUUACUGAAUAA